CCCUGAUGACGUCAUUACACGGCGCAGUCACGGGUCCUGCCUGUGUUACCGUUGUCCGGCGUGUGUCCCUCGGUCAGUCGACUCGUCUUAUUGUCCCCUUGUCUGUCAUCAUGUCCCGCUGCCUCGCUCUGGCUCGGUUCACCCUCGGUUUCUCUCAGAGGACAAACUCACGGCUCACGUCAUGUGCACGAGGACUGAGCAGCCGAGUUACCUCGCGCUCCCUCACUGGAGACCUGCAGGUUGGACAGCAGCAGAGGUGGAGCAGUCGGCCCAGAGUGUGGAGCUCCCAGCGGUCCUGCCUUGGCUUCAGCCAGCAGUCUUACUACAGCACCCAGGAGGCAGAGAAAGAGCCAGAAGAGGAGCCUCUGCACACCAUCAUCAGUGACACAGAGUCUGUACAAGGUAGCUUGUCCAAACAUGAAUUUCAGGCUGAGACAAAAAAACUGCUGGACAUUGUUGCCAGGUCCUUGUACUCAGAGAAAGAGGUGUUCAUCAGGGAGCUGAUCUCCAACUGCAGUGACGCUCUGGAAAAACUGCGCCACAAACUGAUGACGGCGGGUGGGGAAACUGCUCCGAUGGAGGUCCACCUGCAGACCGAUAGUGCCAAGGGCACCUUCACCAUUCAGGACACAGGAGUGGGGAUGAACCAAGAGGAGCUGGUGGCCAACCUGGGGACUAUCGCCCGCUCCGGUUCCAAGGCAUUUUUGGAUGCCCUGCAGAACCAGGCGGAGGCCAGCAGCACCAUCAUUGGUCAGUUCGGGGUGGGAUUCUACUCUUCCUUCAUGGUGGCCGACUCUGUUGAAGUCUACUCCCGGUCCGCUGAGGCCGACGCACCCGGAUACAAGUGGACCUCAGACGGCUCUGGCGUUUUUGAGAUUGCUGAAGCCAGCGGUGUUCAACAGGGAACAAAGAUCGUGCUGCACCUCAAAGACGACUGCAAGGAGUUUGCCGCUGAGGACAGAGUUAAAGAGGUUGUAACAAAGUACAGCAACUUUGUCAGCUUCCCCAUCUUCCUGAACGGACGGAGGCUCAACACUCUGCAGGCCUUGUGGAUGAUGGAGCCUAAGGAGAUAAGUGACUGGCAGCACGAGGAGUUUUACCGCUACAUCGCCCAGUCAUACGACAAGCCCCGCUACACGCUACACUACCGCGCCGACGCCCCGCUCAACAUCCGAAGCAUCUUUUAUGUUCCUGACACGAAGCCGAGCAUGUUCGACACGAGCAGGGAGAUGGGCGCCAGUGUGGCUCUGUACAGCAGGAAGGUCCUGAUCCAGACCAAAGCGACCGACAUCCUGCCCAAGUGGCUGCGCUUCCUCCGAGGUGUGGUGGACAGUGAGGACAUCCCACUGAAUCUGAGCAGAGAGCUGCUGCAGGAGAGCGCCCUCAUCAGGAAGCUCCGUGACGUUCUGCAGCAGAGGGUGAUCCGCUUCCUGCUGGACCAGAGCAAGAAGGAGCCCGAGAAGUACAACAAGUUCUUUGAGGAAUACGGUCUCUUCAUGAGGGAGGGCAUCGUCACCACCCAGGAGCAAGACGUCAAGGAGGAUAUCGCAAAGCUGUUGAGGUUUGAGUCUUCCGCUCUGCCGGCGGGCGAGCACACCAAUCUGAUGGAGUACUCCACCCGCAUGAAGGCUGGCACACGCAACGUCUACUACCUGUGCGCCCCCAACCGCCAUCUUGCAGAGCACUCUCCCUACUAUGAGGCCAUGAAACAGAAAGACAUGGAGGUGCUGUUCUGCUACGAGCAGUUCGACGAGCUGACCCUGCUCCACCUCCGGGAGUUCGACAAGAAGAAGGUGAUCUCCGUGGAGACCGACAUCGUGGUGGAUCACUACAAAGAGGAGAAGUUUGAAGACAUGAAGCCCGCCUCCGAGCGUCUGACUCAGGAGCAGGCCGACGACUUGAUAUCCUGGAUGAAGAACGCUUUGGGCCCCCGAGUCACCAACAUAAAGCUGACUCCUCGGCUGGACACCCACCCAGCUAUGAUCACAGUGUUGGAAAUGGGUGCUGCACGCCACUUCCUCCGCACCCAACAGCUGGCUCGCACCCCCGAGGAGAGAGCUCAGAUUCUGCAGCCCACACUGGAGAUCAAUGCAGGACAUGAUCUGAUCAAGAAGUUGCAGGCACUGAAGGACGCAAACUCUGAACUGGCUGGACUGCUACUGGAACAGAUCUAUGACAACGCCAUGAUCACAGCAGGCCUGAACGACGAUCCCCGACCGAUGAUUUCCCGCCUUAACGAUCUGCUGACUAAAGCUCUGGAGAAGCACUGAGCUGCUCACAGGCAGGAGCAGUGCAGACAACAGACUUGGUUGUGAAGCGUGUUCAGCAGCUGAAGGACAUAUAAAGCUGGAGAACUAACAGGCCUUUGUUCAUCUGGAGCCAUAAAACCACCUCUUUCCCCCUCUGGAGAGCACAGAAAGGCUUUAAAAGAUCAGGUGUUGUGAAGAUGAACAGCUGGAAGCGUCUCUGUAAAUAACUUGUAUUCAUCAGGCUCAAUGUCCUGCACAUCUGCACACCAGCCACAAACAAUGUUGAGAUGAAGAGGGCGAGCGAGCAGAAGAGACGCAUUAAAAAGUAAUUCUGAUUUCUAAAUACAUGUAACAGCGUAAAGAUUCUAAAGUGUGCAUCAGAGCUUAAUUAGAAAUGCAAUACAUUCUCCCUGCAGCUGUUUGUUACGGUUUUCUUUUUAUAAGCCCUCUAUUUUCGUUUUUUCCUCAAUGUUCACUUAUGGUUAUAAGACUAUUAUAAUUAGUUAUAUUUCAGAAUAUUUGUGAUGUAUGAGCUGCAAAUGUGACAACCAGUGAAUCCAAUAAAAAUGUAUUUAAAAUAUUGUA